AUGUCUGAGCCUCCACAUACCGUAUUCCUCAGCUGAAACACAGCGCUCACAUAUGUGCGAUUUCGUAAUUGUUAGAGGUGUUGGUUCUUGUAACAUUUCAUGACUUCACUUGAAUGUGGUCUGACAACUUUUGUAGAAAGGGAGGGGCAGAUGGAUGCUGUAUAAGAAGCACGAUAAACAAAGAAUUUGAAUCAAACAGCAAACCACAACAGAGCAUAAUGGACGAGAUCAAGUUUCAAAGUAUCAACCUGCAACAGGCGCAAAACCAGAUCCGCCACAAGACGGACGGUCUGAGCUCCAGCACUCUGGUUCUGCGGAGAGGACAGGCCUUCACAGUACUAAUGAGCUAUGAAGGGCGGCCAUUUGAUCCAAUGAAGGAAAAACUGAUCUUCCGAAUUGUUCUAGGUCCACUGUUUGUGGAGGUCCCAGUCUCCACGUUCGGACAGCCCUCUCUGACUCAAUGGAGCGCCGUUCUGGAGAGGCGUGUACCAAACCCAACUGGACCCAGUGUGCUAUCUGUAUCACUGUCCAGCCCUGCGUCUGCUUCUAUCGGCGUCUACAUGCUCCAGCUGAGGGUCGAGACCCGCUGGACUGUGAGAACAUAUCUGUUAGGGCAGUUCACGCUCCUCUGCAACCCCUGGUGUCAAGCUGAUUCGGUGUUCCUGCAGGCGGAGGAUCUGAGGAAUGAAUAUGUCAGGAGUGAUUUCGGCCUGCUGUUUAAAGGCAGCCCCUGUAACGUUGUCUCCAGACCCUGGUCGUUCGAUCAGUAUGAAAAAGGGAUACUGGACAUCUGUAUGAAAUUGCUGCAGUUGAGUCCUCAAUAUCAAGCGGACAUGAGAACAGAUCUGCAGAACCGCAGCAGUCCGGUGUACAUCGGCCGCGUGAUCUCAGCGAUGGUGAACUGUCAGGAUGAUAAAGGGGUGUUAAUGGGAAAAUGGUCAGGUGACUACAGCGGUGGCAUCAACCCUUCACAGUGGUCCGGCAGCGCAGAUAUUCUCAGGACGUGGUCAGAAACACAAUUCAGACCUGUGAAAUAUGGACAGUGCUGGGUGUUUGCUGCUGUCAUGUGUACAGUUAUGAGAGCCCUUGGCAUUCCGACUCGAGUCAUCACCAACUUCAACUCCGCUCACGACACAGACGGAAACAUGGUGAUUGAGGAAUAUUACAAUGAGAUGGGGGAGAAACUGUCGAUCAGCAACGAUAGCAUCUGGAACUUCCAUGUGUGGGUGGAGAGUUGGAUGAAGAGGCCUGAUCUGGGUCAAGGUUAUGACGGAUGGCAGGUUCUCGAUGCCACGCCACAAGAGAGGAGCGCAGGAAUUUUCCGCUGUGGCCCUGCUGCUGUUAAAGCCAUUUAUCAGCAGAAGGUGGACGCGCAAUACGAUGUGCCGUUCGUUUACGCAGCAGUGAACGCAGAUGUGCGUACAAUAAUCAUCAAAGAUAGGAAGAUAUUAUCAACCAGCACUGAUACAAAAAGAGUGGGAUCCCUGAUCUCCACCAAACGUCCAGGAUCCAUGCUUAUGCAGGACAUCACGUCUGAAUACAAAACUGAAAAGGAUGAAAGCACAGUUCGUGCUCUGAGCACUGAUGUUCGCAGAGGUGAAGGUGCUACAGGAAGAGUGGCUUCUAAGGGCACUGCAGUUUCUCUCCAGCUUCUGAAAGCCCCUGUAGUUGGAGAAAACAUUUCUUUCAAUGUCAUAAUCACUAACAAUGCGGCCGCUCCGCAACUGCUGAAAAAACACGUGAACGCUCAGAACAAGGAGUACAACCGCAAUCCCACUGGAACCUUCUGGGAAGCUCAUGACGAUGUGAAGAUCGGCCCGAAUCAAACUCUGACUAUAAAACAUGAGAUCUCCUUCAAAGACUACAUGCUGAAGGAGGUUGAGGAGGAUUCGCUGGUUAACCUGGCAGUGGUUAUAGAGGAUGUGAAGUCUCAGGAGAGAGUGCUGGCAACCGAAGAGUUCAACAUCCGCAGCCCUGCCCUCACUGUACAGAUUCAGAAUGAGUAUGUGGUCAUCAACACGCAGCAAGUGGCCACAGUGACCUUCACCAACCCGUUCAGCACUGCAGUGAGCGGUGAACUGACCGUAGCCUGCUCAGGACUUUUGGAGCAGAAGGUUCAAACAAGGAUUACGAUCCAGCCUCGAGAAACCAUGAGGAUGCCCAUCAGUUUCACUCCCAGGAUGGCGGGUUCCAAGAUGCUUUAUGCUAGUUUGGUUUUGACAAAUCCACCCACCGUCCUGCACGGAUUCAAGAGCAUUGACGUUCAAGCAGCUUAGAGUGAAACACGUUUAGACAUGAUUGUGAACCCACAUGAAGCACUAUUCAAUGCUCUUCUUAUACAUUGUCAGCCUUCUUUAUUUAUUUUUUAAAAUACUUAUAAUGUGUCCAACACUUUUCAGCAUGUCAGUAUUUGAAAUAUUUUUCCUCCAGUGAGUUUGCACUCACUGAAGCUGACAGUCUCUGCUGUGAAUGACUUCACUAGUCUGUGCUCUGCUGGAAAAUGCAUGUGAACAGAUCGCAAAUAAGGUUGGAUAUGUUAAGAACAAUACUUUAUUUUCAGGAUAAAUAAUCUUGAGAAAAAGUUUAGUACAAAUAGACCACACACUACAUGAUUGCUUCUUUAACUUCGGGCAAUUGUUUUUGUCCCAGGGGUUGAUUUUUAGUAACAUUUUUGACUUGUGUAUGUUUAGUUAGUUAGUUAGUUGCAUGUGACAAUGAAAUUAAAACUGUCCUGGAAACUUUUUUACAGCCCCAUUGUCUUAGUGUUAAAAUAUGAAACAGAAAUAAUAAUAAUAAAAAAGGUCUCAUUUGAUCACA